AUCCACUAAAGCACAAACAACCCUUCAAAAUGUACAAAUUGGUAGCCUUCUUCGCCCUUUUGGCUUGCGCUUACGCCGCCCCCGGUUUUGUAGCCGCCCCCGCAGUGGUGCACACCCCCGUUGUUGCUCAUUCCGUCUCCAGCCACCACGCUGUUGUUGCUCACCCAGCUCCAGUUGUCGCUGUUAAGGCUGCUGUCCCCGUUGUUCACGCCGCUCCUGUUGUUCAUGCCGCUCCCAUCGUCCACGCCGCCCCCAUUGUUAAACAUGUUCCAGUUGUUCAUGCCGCCCCCGUUGUCCACUCCGUCCACGCCGUCCAUGGAGUCCAUUACCAUUAGGUGCUAACCUCUACAUGGCUGUGAUCCUCACUUGUAAAAUAUUUAUUUAUGUCUAAGGUCUUUAAAUACAAAUUUAAUAAGAACA